UGCAAAGAGCUAGUGGAACAGGGCGCUUCUGUUGGAGAAACUCCAGCUUUUGUGAUCAAUAAGUGCAAGUAUACAAUAGCAAUGCUGUCUGAUCCCAGUGCUGCUCUCUCAGUAGUGUUUGACAAAGAUGGUGUGCUCGAGCAAAUUUGCAGUGGAAAAGGUUACAUUGACAUGUCCACAGUUGAUGCUGAUACUUCAUCCAAGAUAAGUGAGGCAAUUACAAAGAAGGGUGGAUAUUUUCUUGAAGCUCCAGUCUCAGGUAGCAAAAAGCCCGCUGAAGAUGGUCAGUUGGUUAUACUUGCUGCUGGUGAAAAGGUAAUGCAGCGAGUCCCUGCCCUCUCUUCUUAUUUCUUUUAGAGAAAUAUGGGGGGAAUGCCACAUGAUACUCAGCUUCAUUGUUGGCGCCUUCACACGGGAGUGGGAGAGGAUGUUUUGUUCUAUACUUUGACAUGAGAUAAAUGCUUCUCAAGGAAGAUGCAGAAGCUAGUGAUGGAGCCCAAAAAGUAAUAACGAUAGGCCAAGUUAGCAUCAAAAUGUCCCUGAAGCUUUCAGGAAAGGCACGUGUAUUUGACUUAUCAGCUUUCGUUUUUGUAUCUCAAGGAGCAAGCAUAUUUG